AUGGGUUCCGCCUUCACUUCCUGUCUCAAACAGUUUCAUGGCAUCGCUGUGUGGGCUGGUGUCCCCGUGGAUCCCGCGUUUUCCUUUGCUGCUAUAACAUUUAUUGCCCUGGUUCACGAAGGUCUCACAGUCCUUCAGAGCCCUGCUGCCCUCCGAGCAUCCCCCGGCGAGACCGUGACACUCAACUGCUCCUUCAAGAUCAGGCAGGGCAGUGUGGUCAAAGCGACCUGGAUCAGAGCACCCGGAGUCGUGCUGGAUUCUGCCCAUCCCUUCUACAGCAGGCGGCUCCGUAUGUCCCACCUGGAGCUGCUCCAGAAAGGGGAGGCCGCGCUGACCCUGUCGGAGCUGGAGCUGCGGGACUCUGGUCUCUAUCAGUGUCAGAUCAGCAUCCACCGGGGAGAGAGCGGGACAGGAGCGGGCACCAAGCUGCAGGUGACAGGGAGAAACCAGAGUGACACAGAUAAAGGACCAGCCCCCUCAGGGAGCUGCGCCCGGGAGCUCCUGUACCAGGUCGCCAUCGCCCUGGGGCUCCUUCUCAUCCUUGGCCUGGCAGCCACCCUCCUCCUGAAGAGACACCGAGGUACCAAACCGGAG